AUGUUCACCCUCGCCCUCCACCACCUCAACACCCUCCUCCAACUCCUCCACCUCCGCCGCGCCUCCCCCUGGAACCCGCCAACCCCCCUCGACUGGCUGCUGGCCUCCCCCCUCCAAUACCUCACGCAGCUCCUGUACCGGCACGUGCUGCUCCCCCUCCGCGGCCGGCCCUUCCAUCCGCCGCGCGGGCGGCGGCCCAUCCGCGUGGUCUGCCUGUCCGACACGCACAACCUGAUCCCCGGGUAUGCGGUGCCCGAUGGGGACGUGCUGGUGCAUUGUGGGGAUUUGACCGUGGGGGGCACGGUGGCGGAGCUGCAGAAGCAGGUGGAUUGGUUGAGGGGGUUGGGGCAUCGGUGGAAGGUCGUGGUGGGAGGGAAUCAUGAUGCGUGGGUGGAUGAGGGGGUGAGGGAGGAGUUGGGGUUGGGGGUGGGGGGGGAGGUGGAUUGGACGGGGGUGGAGUAUUUGUGCGAUCGUGGCGUGGAGUUGGAGUUUGAGGGCGGGAGGAGGCUGAAUGUGUAUGGUUGGGGGGCCGUGCCGUGGUGUGGGGAGGGGUUUGCUUUGCAGUACCAACGGGAGAAACACCCGUGGCAGGGGAGGAUACCGGAUGAGACCGACUUGUUGGUCACGCACACACCACCGCGCCACCACCUCGACCUCGGCCUCGGCUGCGCCGGGCUGCUCGACGAAGUCUGGCGCGUCAAGCCGAAGCUGCACGUCUUUGGCCACACGCACUACGGUUACGGCAAGGAGGCUGUCUACUACGACGAGUGCCAACGCGCCUACGAGUCGCUCAUGUCGCGGCCCCAGAGAGGGCCCUUCUACGACAUGAUCCCGAGUGCCCGGUGGACCGACGCCUUCAACGUGUUCUGGUACGGUGUCUCUAACAUCCUCUGGAAGUGGAUCAUGCUUGGGCCGGGGACCAACAACGGCGGGUUGAUGGCCAACGUGUCGCUCAUGUAUGGGAACAGCGGUAAACUGCGCAACCCGGUGACGGUGGUGGAUUUGUAA